AAACCAACCUCUACUCCACCGUCCAAACUCCAAACUAUGGUCUACUAAGCAUAGUGAUAUGGAUUGGUCCUCUUCUCCGUAAUAGAACCAUCGAUAAAAGUACUAAGUUACCCACAAAAACGCGCUAUAAACUUACUAAACAAACAUUCAUCACUCUCACACAGACACACACGCAUCACAAAUCUCAAUAUUCUUCUUCCAUUACUUCAUCGACAACAACCCACACCCACUUAUACAGGGUUUUUGUUUUUCUUAAUUUCACAACCAAUCUUUUUUUUAAAACAUUAUAAUUGUCCUUUUUCAUUCUUUAAUUCUAUUAUAACUUCACCCUCAAUUUCUGGUUCCAAACACAAAACUUCCAACUUCCUUCAUUCUUCCUAGAUUGUUUUUGAGCGGUUAGAAAUUGAUGGAACAGAAAACUGAAAGUGACGUGUUUCAGUUUCAACAUUGGAGAAACGAAUCAUGGCAAUGGCAAGGUUUAGAGUUUGAGGAUAGGAAGGAAAAUGAUCCACUCAAGUUAAUGUUAUCGUUGCCUGAAAUACCUGAGCCACCAACACCUCUUGAGCCUAUGGAGUUCUUGUCAAGAUCUUGGAGUUUAUCCGCUUCUGAGAUUUCAAAAGCACUUUUAGAGAAGCAACAUAAACACACUUUUCUUGAAACGAGUCCUGAAACAUUGCCAGAACCUAUUUCUGUACCUCAAAUAACGUCAGGCAAGAUCAUACCUUCUACGAAUUGUAGAAAGGGUACAAUUGGAAAAUGGUUACAUCAGAAGCAGCAUGGGGGUGCGAAUAUGAAUGUUAAGAGGAAAGAUCGAGCGCGUGUGGAGAAUGCGCGUGUGCAUUCUGCUCUUUCGAUUGCUGGACUAGCGUCUGCGUUGGCUUCUGUGGCUGCUAGUAGUGACAGUCACUCUAAAUUGGAUGUUGCUAUGGCUUCAGCGACGCAACUCUUAGCGUCUUACUGUGUUGAAAUGGCUGAGUUGGCAGGUGCUGAUCAUGACCGUGUGGCUUGUACUGUGAAGUCUGCGGUUGAUAUUCAGACACCGGGUGAUCUAAUGACUCUUACUGCUGCAGCUGCAACAGCUUUGAGAGGAGAAGCGGCGUUGAGAGCAAGAUUUCCAAAAGAAGCAAAGAAGAAUGCAUCGAUAAGUCCCUAUGAGAAAGGAGUAGCAGAAACACACUGUUCUCCUGUUUUCGAAGGUCAAAUUUGGGAAAACCAUUCUCCAUGUGAGGGAGAUUUGUUGCAGGUUACAGAAAAAGGUUCGUUACGAUGGAAACACGUGUCUGUCUACAUCAACAAGAAAUAUCAGGUCAAGAUUAAGAUCAAAAGCAAGCACAUUGGAGGAACUUUCUCCAAAAAGAAUAAAUGUGUUGUUUAUGGAGUUUGUAAUGAAGACUCUGCGUGGCCAUAUAGAAAAGAAAGGGAAGCUUCUGAAGAGAUCUAUUUCGGCCUCAAAACUGCACAAGGUCUUCUAGAAUUUAAGUCCGAGAGCAAACUUCACAAGCAAAAAUGGGUUGAUGGGAUAGAAUUUCUACUCGGUCAUGCCAACUCGGCCGAAGCAACAGAAAGAUCUAUGAAUUUAUUAAAUAUUAGUAGCAGCACUUGA